GUAAAAUGUCGAGAACCUUAUAAAGGGGAAAUUAAACCUACACAAACCGAAUAAACUCUCUCCUGAAUUUUUACUUUGGUGAACAACUCUGUUAAGAUGGACUUGGAACAAAGCUUGGACCAUAGUCUGAGACUGGCCAGUGGAAGCAUCAGCUCAGUGUUGGAGAGAGAUAUCUUGAGACCUUCUGGCAGAGGCAACAGCCUCAAGUUCAUCUGCAUGUUUCAAGAGAGACUAAAUGAUGCCAGAAGAGUCUUCCAGCCAGAUGAGUGCCAAGACUCUGUGCUAGUACAUUUGCCAGCUCGGUGCAGUGUGUAUCAGCUGCGUCUGCGCAUCUGCAUGUUGGUUCAGGACAAGAAGCUCCUCACAGAGCCACUUGCCAUCCUGGAACCAGAAAGAUAUAUGCUACUCUACAAGAAAGGGAACAACUGGUAUGAGAUCUAUGACGAUUUCCAGGUCCUUCAGACACUUGAUGCAAUGUGGUGCCAGGAUACCCAGGGUGUAAGGACGUACAGGAUUUUAGUCUUGCCCUGCCCUGAUGACACAGAGGAGAGGCGGAGCUCCCAGAAGAUGCUAACAGACCUGAUUGGAUAUGACCUCAGCGCUGCAGCUACUGACAGACUGAGCGAACUGAACUUCACACGCAGGAAGUUUGCCUCUCCCCGUAAGGAGGAGUUGCAGAGACGUGACCCCAAGGCCUAUGCUUUAGAGCCUUGGACCACCUCAGUUCCCAUCACAAAGGAUCAGCAAUCCAAGUUUACCCAGGCACUCUCUGUCACCCUCUACUAUGGAGACUUAAGCUUCAAGCUAAAGGUGGACAUCACGAUGGCUGCUAACUAUGUGCUCAAUGCCUUCAAAGAGAUAAUGUCUGAAAAUGGGCACACUUUGGAAUGUGCAGCUGAUGAUCUGGUGCUAAAAGUUUGUGGGAGGGAGGAGUUCAUCUCAGGAAUGUCUCAGCUUUCAGACUUCCUAUGGGUGCGACAGUGUUUGAAAACUAAGCAGGAGAUGCACCUGUCUGUCCUCCCAUUUACUUCCCUCGAGAAAGACACAGUGAGGAUGGAGGAUUUGCCCCUGGUGGACAGCUUUACUGGGCUCUCCAACUCUCACAAUGAGCUCACCCUGGCUAACAAAGAUGUGGAUGAUGUCCUGAUGAUAUCAUUGUGGGACUGUGAAAGAAAGUUCAGAGUUAAACUGCUGGGUUUUGAUAUCCCCAAUCUCCCAUGUAGUGCCCGUCAGAAUGUUUAUGUUGAGGCAUCCAUCCUGUAUGGAAAUAAGGUGGUCUCCUCAAUCUGUUCCACCCCAAAGCCCUUUACAGAGGACGUUUUCUGGAACACGUGGCUAGAAUUUGAUGUGCCAAUGAAAGCUCUCCCAAGUGGUUCAAGGCUAGGACUCACAAUCAACUCCAUUUCCCUUGAUGGAAAUGCCUCCAGGGAGUCCAAGUCUAUGGGAGGGAAGUUUACAGAUUCUCAGAAAGGAAAGGGAAAACCACUGUACUUUGUAAACCUUUUACUUUUUGACCACAAAUCUGUCUUGAGACAAGGCUUGCAAAGCCUUCAUAUGUGGCCUUUUGCUGAGCAAGAGGGAGAUGUGUUAACUUAUGAAGCUGACAAGCUGUCCUCUGCCACUAACCCAGACCAGGUGAAUUCCAUGGCCAUCACAGUCCUCUUGGACCGGUACAACUAUCCAGUUGUCCUUCCUAACAGCACCUCUUCUCAUGGGCGCUGCUCUUCCUCCACAGCCUCAGAUGUGGAGGAGGUAGGUGACAUGAGCAUGUCUCCGUUGUCCAUGUCAGGUGACACUGCUAACCUCCAGAGACUGAAGAAAAAAAGUGUACACUUUAGUGCCAACCUACCCCAGUACCUCCGGAAGGUCGACUGGUUGAAGCCACGUGCUGUGCAGGAUGUCCACUGGUUGCUGCACAACUGGGACCCCAAGGACCUGGAUGUUCCCACUGCCCUGGAACUGCUCAGUGUGGAUUUUGUCGAUGAACAGGUCAGGAAGCUGGCAGUGGAGAAACUGGAGAGCCUGUCCAAUUCUGAAAUACUUAGGUACCUUCUGCAGUUGGUGCAGACCUUGAAAGUCGAGCCCUAUCAUGACAGCUUUCUAGCCAGAUUCCUCAUCCAAAGAGCACUUCAAAGUAAGAGAAUAGGACAUUUCUUUUUCUGGUAUCUGAGAAGUGAGGUGACUGGGUCUCCGUACUUCCGGCAACGCCUGGCUGCGGUGCUGGAGGCAUACCUACUCGGAUGUGGUCAGGCCAUGCUGGACAGCUUCCAGCGACAGGUGGAGCUGGUGAAGUCAUUGGAGGAAGUGGCCAUCGAAAUCAAGAAACACUUUCCUGAAAAGACUGACCUCGCACCAAAUGCUGCUGCCCUGGUGCAGGACAUGCUACGUACCUGCAAACUGCCUGUGGACUUCCAGGUGCCAUUUGACCCCCGUAUCAGAGCAGGGCCUAUACUGCUGGACUGUUGCAAGGUUAUGGCUUCUAAGAAGAAGCCCCUGUGGCUGGAGUUUUCCUCUGCAUGCUCAGAGGGUCCCCCCAACCCAGCUGUGGGCAUCAUCUUCAAGCAUGGUGAUGACCUACGUCAGGACAUGCUGGUCAUUCAGACACUGACGAUUAUGGAUUCAAUCUGGCAAGAAAAAUCACUUGAUCUAAACCUGGUGCCCUAUGGCUGUAUCUCCACUGGAUAUAACAUAGGUAUGAUUGAAAUAGUGAGGAACGCUGCCACCAUUGCCACGGUGCAGCGCACCAAAGGUGGCUCAUCAGGGGCCUUCAGAAAUGACACCCUAUUCGAGUGGCUCAAGGGGAGGAACAUGCUGCAAGAAAUACACUUUAACGCCAUGGAAAGGUUUGUCACUUCCUGUGCUGGAUACUGUGUGGCCACUUACGUGCUGGGGAUAGGGGACCGGCACAACGACAACAUCAUGAUCAUGGAUCAGGGAAAUCUCUUCCAUAUCGAUUUUGGGCACAUCAUGGGAAACACCAAGCGGUUUCUGGGUGUGAACCGGGAGAGAUCUCCAUUUGUCCUGACACCAGAUUUCCUGUAUGUCAUGGGCAGAGUGGGCAGUCUCUACUUCCAGAGGUUCACGGAUACCUGUGUCCAGGCCUACCUGGCCCUGCGGUGCCACUCCCAUCUGCUGAUCACGCUCUUCUCCCUCAUGCUGCUGACUGGGAUCCCCGAGCUUAGCUGUGCGCAGGACAUAACCUACCUACGGGAGGCGCUGCAGGAGGGCCGCAGUGAGGAGGAGGCAGGCCAGCACUUCCUGCAGCAGAUCGCCGAAUGUGAGCGGCUGGGCGUGACUGUGCAGGCUAACUGGUGGAUCCACAUGCUGAUGGGCAUCAAGGGCUGAUCUGGCUCAUCUUUGACAGAUCUCCUCAGAGGCAAACACUCACCUCAACUUUCAGCUCCACCCUGAACAACCAUGCUCUGUUUUCAUAGAAAAAAUAGCCUAGCAAUUUACUUUUGGUGACAAUUGACCUGCGUGUGAAGAAGAAGAAAAAAAGCACUUGUUUUAAUCAUGAAUUUUGGUUUAUAUAGUCGAUUGUUCCUGGCAAGUCUGUCUGCUAUUAAAGGUAUUUUAGAUAUUUAGAAAAGUCUCUGAGCACCUGCUAGUUUUGCCAGGGCUGUGAUCGGGCAUUUGGGGAUUUGUGCCCAGGAGGGCAUUUAUUUUGUCUGUGCAACAUGGUUGUAGUUUUAAUUUACACCACUAGAAGAUACCCAUUCAUGGGGAAGACAUUGAAUCCCUACUGAUGACUGGAUAGUCAACGCCCAGAGUGCUUGGAAUGUACACUCAUCAAGCACUUUAUUAGGAACACUUUAUUACACCUACUUAUUCAUGCGAUUAUCUAAUUAAGCUCUAAUUGGUUGGCCUUCCAGCAUCUGCAAUCAGACCCCUACAACUGAUCCAGAAUGCUGCAGCCCGUCUGGUAUUCAAUGUUCCCAGACAUUCACAUGUCACCCCCCUGCUCAGCAACCUCCACUGACUGCCUGUUAUGGCUUGCAUCAAAUUUAAAACUUUGGUGCUUGCGUACCAGGCAGUUAAGGGAUCAGCCCCUGUAUAUAUUCAAUCACUUAUUAAGACCUAUACACCAGCGGGGGUGUCUCGGUGGCGCAGCCUGUAGAGCACUGACCGCAUGCUCAUUGCGAGCCGCGACGUCGGUGGUUCGAAUCCGACCGUCCAACAUUUGUUGCAUGUCUUCCCCCUCUCUUGCUCCCAUUCUUCCUGUCUCUCUAUACUAUAUACUGUCCAAUAAAGUUGAAAAAGGCCUAAAAAAUAUCUUUAAAAAAAAAAAAGACCUAUACACCAGCAAGACCCCUCCGUUCUACCACUUCGUGCCGUCUGGCACCUCCCCCUUGCCACACUUGCACUUCUUGCUCACGACUGCCUUCUGUCCCGGUCCCACGGUGGUGGAAUGACCUCCCGGUGGAUGUCAGAACGGCAGAGUCUCUGACCUCUUUCAAGCGCAGACUGAAGACUCCUCUCUUCAGGCUACACCUUUCCCUCCCUAACUCACCACCAUGAUUAGCCUUAUAUAUGCCAUAGACUGUAAUGGCACUUAUAUACGUAGUUGUAUAGAUAUUGUUGUUUUUUGUAUUAGCUAUUGUAUUGUUGUACUCGGGGUGUUCUAGCUGCCAACUGUGGUAUGCUAGUUUGGAAGUUGAUGUAUUCUUCAGGGGCUCUGAUUAUAUCUGUAUGGUUACACUAGGACUUGGAACUGUACUGUCCUCUCAGGUCCUCUUCGCACUUGUACUUGUAUUUGAUCUGCACUUCGUUGUACGUCGCUCUGGAUAAGAGCGUCUGCUAAAUGCCAUGUAAUGUAAUGUAAUGUAAGCUUCAGUUGAUGUUCACAUCAACCAUUCUUCAAAAGAUCUCUUUGCCACGUUUUCACUUUAAAAACUCUGGCGUGUGACUCAGUGAAAGAAGGACCAAGUUAAUACUGAAACAUUUUCAGUUUUCCUACUUGUACCAUAUUAUUUCU